AUGGCCCUCUCUCCCUUAAAAUUACCUAAGUUAUGUGGUUCUCGUGCAUAUAUUCUUCCCAAAGCUCGCCAAGUUUCAAAGUGGAUUCCUAGCUCGAUCAGAACACUCCUAAAUAUUGACAGCCUGCAAGCGCGACAAAUAGGCGAUCCAAUAUUACGCGAGGAAGCAGAGACAGUGGACAUCACAACUAUACAUUCUCCCGAAUUCAAACAAAUGAUUGAGCGAAUGUUCAGGGUCAUGAGAAAGGCAGAAGGUUUUGGCAUCGCUGCGCCACAGAUUGGAGUUGGACUUCGCGUAAUCGUGGUCGAGUUUACUGGAAAACACAUCAAAAUGUUAAAAGACAAAGGAGCAACGGACAAAGAACUAAAACGUCUUGGGAUUGCUUUGGUCCCACCGAAAGUUUUUAUCAAUCCUGAGUACAAAACAAUCGACCAAACUCUGCUUGCGUUCCGUGAGGGGUGUUUAAGUGUUGAAGGUUAUUCAGCGGUUGUUCCUCGGGCCAAAGAGAUCGAAGUUUCUGCGCUUGAUACAGAAGCUCGACCAGUCACGUGGAGAACUAUGGGAUGGCCAGCGAGAAUCAUACAGCACGAGGUUGAUCACUUAAAUGGAAAUCUCUUUAUUGACUCCAUGCUUUAUAAAUCGUUUCAAAAGAACGAUUGGAGAAAUUACACCAAGAAAUAAUACAGAUAUCAGGACAUAAGUAUGUAAAAGUAUGUAAAGAGCAAUGUGAGUAUGCCCUCCCCCCCCUUACUAGACCAGGGUUCAGCAGAAUAUCACCUGAUGGAGUUGUGCUUAUACACAACAUAGUAGAUUCAAUCCCCUUCUGAUUUGUUUUCCUCUGACAUUGUGUCACACAGACUAUGAAUUAAAGGAAGCAUGUUCAUGUGUUGCUGUUGAGUGGUUAUGUGCUGUAGUCUUCUCUCGUCAGCAGGGAGCUAUUCCAUGUGAUUCUCUCUGUGCUCAGUUUCCAAUGACAAGCAAAAAAAUAUCACAGUUGCAGUUAGCAUGCCCUCAUGGGCACUGCAGUACUAGGGGCAAAAUCAUUAGAAACAGGGAGGGAUAUGUGUGUUAGGGCUCUUGCUGGUUUUGCAGUUCAUACCAGAGCAUAUUUUAGAGCUCAUUUACAGCUGUUUGAUUUAUGGCUGUGGGUUGUGUAAGACCCAUGGGAGUAGGAACCUGCACCUGUGAAGGGUAGAGUUUUCAUCUUUAUGCAGAACUCAAUGGUAACUCAUAGGUUUAUACAGAACAACUUGGCAAAACUUCUGAGAACUUAAACAUCAAUUAUGCUUCAGCACAUCCAUCAACAGCUGUAAAUUAUGAAACUGUACUUUCUCUUGUAUUCCUGUUUGUGAAGGCAGUAGUUUACAUGGUACAAAAGGUGCCUGCAAUCAACACCCAGAUGUAUCAUGGGUGUAACAACAAAACCAUCCAAGAUGCAUUACCCAUAUGUGCAACAUGGAAGACUGUCCCCAUUUGAGCAUAUUUUUCAGUUCUUCCCCAACCCUUUUUUAAAAGUUUUAGGAGAUAUCCAACUAAAUACAUUUUAAAAACAAAUUAGGGUUUUCACUGUCAUGUAGCCAUUUCUUAACACAGUUUUUGUUUUCUGUCAUUCAUUGUCCAUGAUUUAUCAUUCAAGUAUCUGUUUUCCAGCUUUUCUUUCUCCCAUGUUUUGAAGCCCCUCUGCUUAGGAGAAGGAGCAACCUGGUGGAUUUUAUCGCUUCAGUACUAGUUAACUGGAGGUGGUCUCCUGAGGGAGAAGACCUCGUUGAAUUAUUGUUAUGCAAUUGUUCAGUGCUUUUGCAACAAAUGAAAAAUCCCCCUCCUUUUUGCAAAGAAUUAUUGUUCACUUCACUGGAGAGAAACUGGUGUCCUUCACACCAAACUAAAAUGUGUCAUUGAUCACACCCUCCUCUGCAAAUGGGUGGAAAAAAGAUGUUUUGGUGGUUCUGUCAAUCAAAAGGUUGUCCACCCCCCAAAUGGCUUCCAUGGAAUUUCCAAGAUAGGUAGCAACUCUCAAGUUCAAAGUAACUUCAUUUAAUUUGCUCAUAUUUUUCAUUCAUAACAGUUGAAGUGUAAGGCUGUUUAUCUCUUACUCAUAAAAGGUGUUGGAAUCACUCAAUUAUGAUUGCUCGCCUUGAUAUGUACUGUUCCCCGGUCCCUUAAAAUAGUUAUUCCCAAAUCACACUCCAACCAGGCCACCCAGACCCUAGUUCCAUUUUGAAAACAAUUGAGGAGAAAAAAAGAGAGUUAUAGGCCCACUUAGAUCAUAGGAGUACAUUGUAUAUACCCAUACAUAACAUACAUUACGAAGACAAAGUAAAACCGCUGACUUAAAGAAAGCCCUUGCAACUUUCAUCGAUGCAUUUAUCACGAAGUUAUGGUUCUUUCUCCCACAAAACUUUCUCUGGUAGGAUCUUUUUACGUUCAACAUCUCAUCAAAGCUCGACAAGUUUCAAAAUGGGUUCCUAACUCAAUCAGAAAAUUCCUCACACUAGACAGCCUACAAGCUCGACAAAUCGGCGAUCCUACCCUUCGACAACAAGCAGAGAAUGUGGACAUCACAACUAUUCGUUCUCCCGAGUUCAAGCAGAUGAUAGAGCGAAUGUUCAAAGUUAUGAGAAAAGCUAACGUUUCUUCUAUCUCUGCACCACAGAUUGGAGUAAGACUUCGAGUGAUUGCUCUUGAGAAAACCGCUAAGCAAAUCAAAGAGUUAAAGGAAGCAGAAGUAACCGAUCGAGACAUCAAAACUUUUGGAAGAUUCCUCCUACAGUUCUAA